AUGUUGAUUGGUAUUUCAGGGACCCUUAGUUCAGGGAAAACAGAAGUGGCGCGGUACUUGACAUUCCAAGGCUUUAAAGUUUUGCAUUAUCAGCCACACCAUGCCGAAUUACCUGAUGAGUUAAAUGUAUGCACGCCAGAGUCGGAAGAUAUCAAUUACGAAAUGGAGCAACUUGCCAUUAAGCAAUACUCCAACAUGGAGAAUUUCAAAGUGUUCAAGACAUUGGAUAGUUUGUUGGAGUUUGUUACUGUCAAUUGGCGAGAUAAUUAUGUCAUUUCUCAUAUUGAAGAUAUAGCCAUGUUGAGAGCAUUGCAAAAAAGGCCAUUUUUUCUUCAUAUAUCAAUUGAUGCACCAUUGAGUUUGCGGUACAAGAGGUAUGCCAAGAAGAAGCAGACUUUGGAGGAAUUUGUUCAACAUAACGAUGAUACAUUAUUUAAUUCGAAAUCGCCAUUGCUUGAAAUUAAUAAUCAAGCGCAGGUCAAGAUUAUCAAUACAUCCACCUCAAUCAAGGACUUGUUUAUCAAAUUGUCGGAACUAAACUUAUUAGAUCCUUCGCGAUUGCGUCCAACAUGGGAUUCAUACUUUAUGCGACUCGCUGAUUUGGCAGCUCUUCGAUCAAAUUGUAUGAAGCGGAGAGUAGGAUGUGUUAUUGUACGAGAUAACCGUGUUGUUGCUACUGGUUACAAUGGAACACCAAGGCAUUUAACCAAUUGUAAUCAGGGUGGCUGUUCACGAUGCAACAAGGGCCAUGGAAGUGGUGCUUCGUUAUCAACGUGUCUUUGUUUGCAUGCUGAGGAGAAUGCUUUAUUGGAGGCAGGGAGAGACAGAAUUAGAGAUGAUAGUGUAUUGUAUUGCAACACGUGUCCAUGUUUGACAUGUUCGAUAAAAAUUGUUCAAAGUGGCAUUCGAGAAGUUGUUUACGCACAAAGCUACUCAAUGGAUCAGGAUAGUCAUCGAGUCAUGAGUGAAGCAAAUAUUACAAUACGGCAAUACCAGCCACCAAUAGAUGGAAUAUUCAUAUAG